GGAAACGGGCCAACGGCCGCUCUGUAGUCGAUCGCUUGAUGUCCUGUCGUUAGGCAGGUUGUCAGGGCGUCUUGUAAACAGUUGGUUUUAAAAAUGGAAGACGCUCAGGAAGAGUUAAUAGAGGAGGAGGAAGAGGAGCCCGAUCAGUGCGGCGACGCGCCGCCAUCGUCCCUCAAAGCCCCGUUUCGCUCCAGCCGCAUGCAGAUCCAGCGGAGCAGCGUCUGCUCUCGGGCGUACUUCGUGGUGGUCAUGGUCUUCUUCCAUGUUUACAUCGUGAACGUCAUCGGCCUGCUGCUCUACGUGCACUACAACAACGGGCCGGUCGGCGGAGACGGGGGGCCGUCGGUCAGCGAGGGGGAAACCCCGUUACCUCACCCGGACCCGGGGUCAACAGAGCGCCAGGCGGAGGGCUACGCGCAGAGCUGCAGGCUCCCACGCAUCGAGGGGAUACGGGUGGGGCAUGUUCAGCAGGUGUCCCUCAUGCCAGACAGGACGCACGCCAUGAGGACGCUCAGCCUGAAACCUCUGCUGUUUGAGAUCCCCGGCUUCCUGUCGGAGGAGGAGUGCCGCGUGGUGGUGCAGCUGGCUCAGCUCAAGGGUCUGAUGGAGAGCCGGACCACGGCGGCCGGCCGGGGCCAGGAGGAGUCUAGCCAGCUUUCCCUCAGCACGGAGGAGGUCUUCAGUCUGCUAGACCUGAACCAGGACGGGCUGCUGCAGACACACGAGAUUGUGAGUCACUCGCGCUCCCGGGAUGGAACCUGGUUGAACCCUGACAACCUACGGCAGAUCCUCUCUGGUCUGGAAGCCCGUCCAACAGGGGUGCUGACCCUGGAGGACUUCAGGCGUGUUUACGACCAGUCCCAGCGGCCUGGGAAGCUGCGCAGUCGGUUCAACCAGAGGAACAAACACACGUGGCUUCACCAAGGCCCAGGAUCCCACCGUGUGCUGCAGGCCCUCAGGAACAGACUGACCGGUCUGACUCGCCUGCCCUCCACGCUGGUCGAGCUGAGCGAGCCGCUGCAGGUGAUUCGCUACGAGAACGGAGACUUCAGCGACGCCCACCACGACAGCAGCGCCUCUCAUUUGGAGACCACCUGCGCUCACUCGCGACUGGCGGGCAACACGUCUGCUGUCACGGAGGUCUCCUGCAGGUACCUCACCAUGUUGUUCUACCUCAGCUCCGUAGAGGAGGGCGGGGACACCACCUUUCCUGUGGCCGACAACCGCACCUACGAGGAGCAGGCGCUGCUACAGGACGGAGUUGAUCUGACGGACACCCAGCAGACGUGUGGCCGAGGCAACGUGAGGAUCAAACCUGCCGCCGGCGCCGCGCUGCUCUGGUACAACCACCUCUCUGAUGGACGAGGUUGGAUGGGUGAGCUGGACGAGUAUUCGCUGCACGGCGACUGCCCGGUGAGCCGUGGGGUGAAGUGGACGGCCAACAGCUGGGUGAACGUGGACCCGGAUCACCAGCAGCAGGCCCGCUACCAGAGACUAGUUGUUCAAAGGCAUGGAUCCAAGGCGGGCAUGGAGGAGCACUACCAGCCGCUCUCGCACAGCGACCUCCACCAGGACCUUUAGCCGGGCAGAGCCGAGGUUUAAAGAAUUCCAUGGAGCCGUUGAGGCCUCGCAGAUCUUUUAUGUCUGUAGUCGAAAUGAAAAUUGCACAAAAUAGCAUCCCAGAAAUCUUCUCCUUUUAUAUUAUGUCACUCAAGCUGCUUUGAUGUCCAAAUUUACUUUCAGAAUAAAGUCAAUUUAAUCAUGGAAGUUUAUAUAGAUUGUGACACAGAAUUGUGGAGGAUGGUUAAAUAUCAAAUGUAUAUGAAUUACCCUCCAUUAAAUAAUCAGAAUAACAUAUAUAGAGAUGAGUUACUAAGAGAUACGCCUCCUUAUCGUUACAGAGUUAACGCCCUUCGUUGCGUGCCGUCUCUAAAUGUUGAGAGAUAAUCCACGUCUGUUCUUCAGCUUCCAGAUUUGAAUGUUCUUCAUAUCAUGAAAUGUUGUUUAACUUUGAUAUUCCUAUCCUCACGUGUUACAUAUUUAAUUAUCCAAGAGUAUUUAUUUAUUUGAGUGUUAUUUAUUUAAUUUAAAGGAAUGUGUAUUUAUUAUAGCUCGAUGUUGCACUGAGUCCUUCACUGUAUUUUGAUGUAUUUUUCUGUGUUUUGAAACGUAUAAAGCAAUGUUUUACUUGU